AUGGAGGGUACCGCAAACGUGAUAGUGUAUCGCAAUAGUGAGAUUAUACGAAAUACUCAUGAGAGAGUGAGGUUUGUGUGUCAGAAUCCGUUUUUGUUUGUGGUUCCAUGCACCAUGACGUUUAUCGAGCUUCAAAACAGUCUCUGUCAAAGUAUGGAGAAUAUUAUAUUGAGGAGAGUGAGCAGUAUAUUGUACCGGAAUCCGAUUAUAGUUUUUGGUGGUCUAAUACAGUUUGAUAUCAUGCCGAUCACUGACGAGGAGAGUCUGCAAAAUAUGUUCCAGAUUCAUCGGCAAACUCAAAUGCGACAGCCACAGAUUGAGCUGUAUGUUGAGUUUCAAGAUGUAGAGGCAGAUGAGAUUCAAAAUGAUUUAGAUAUAGAGGAUGAUAGAGCUGCAGUGUAUGAAGGAAUGAACAGUGACAGCGAAGAGGACUUCGAAGCCACUUAUGAAGCUGGCGAUGAAGACGAGGAUGGUGAUGUGGGAGUCGAAGCAGAAGUGGAGAAUGUGGUGAUUCACCCCGCAGUCAGUCAACCGAUGAACGUCCCACAUUUUAUGCGUAAUUUGGAUAUUGACGCGAUGAAUGCACCGGAAUUUUCGGAAUAUGCAAACAUAGGUGUUGCUGAUCCUGAGGACGGAGAGUUCAGGAUAGGAAUGGAGUAUAGUUCUAGAAAGUCUGUCGUCGCAACAAUUAGAAGUUGCACUAUCUCUAGAGGAGUCGACUACAAUGUUUAUGAGUCCGAACCAUUGACGUUCUAUGCAAAAUGCAUGACGUAUGAGCGUGGGCGCGACUGGUUUAUCCGAGCCAGUUUGAUACGGAAAAAAGGUUGUUGGGAGAUACGGAGAUACAACGGCUGGCACACAUGCACCAUGGGAACGAUUUCACAGGAUCAUUCCAAGUUAGACUUGGACACAGUUGCUGAGGCUAUAAGGCCAUUGGUUGAGAGUGACCCGUCCAUCAAUAUCAAAUCUAUAAUUGCGGAGGUCCAGUCAAGGUUUAACUACACCAUCAGUUACCGAAAGGCUUGGUUGGCAAAGUAA